AUGAAAUCUGGUAAACGAGCAAAACAUCUUCUACCUCGUCAGAGAAUGACAAGUAGCUACCAAGGUCGGAGCAGGAACGUCAUGAAGUGGCAAAGUCGCUUGCGCUUAUCUCUUCUCUCAUCCUUGUUCCAUGCCAGAGAGGCCUCUCUUGUCUUCUCUUCAGAGGUCUCACCUCUAGAUUAG